AUGGCUGAGCCAGAGACGCUUGCAGACGUACUAGCUACCAACAAUGGCGAAGGGCCGUCAUCGAAUCUACGUGCACGUCUCUCGACACCAGAAAUCACACAAUACCUCACCCAUCUAACCUCGCUCAGCUUGCCUGAAAUCGUGCAUGAGCCGACAACACUCGCCUCAGAGGCUUCACAGCUCACAAACUCACUCACUUCACUCUGCCACGCUGAAUACCCGACAUUCCUCUCGCUUCAUCGCACCUCAUCAGUUCUCUCUUCCUCGUUCACUACUCUCUCAUCUUCACUCAACUCUCUCUUAUCCGCACUACCCGCACUCGAAUCCUCCGCACGUCAAUUCACCCAAGAAACACACACCAUCCAAGAUGCACGCACCAAAGCCCGAAAAGUCCUCUCAGCACACGACGCCCUCAUCGACAUCCUCGACGUCCCCCAACUAAUCGACACCUGCGUCCGAAGUUCAUACUACCAAGAAGCAAUGGACCUCGCAGCACACGCAUCCCGACUCGCUCAAUCUCUCCCAGACGUACCAAUCGUACAAGACGUCAACGCAGAAGCGUCCCACUCUAUGCGUCUUAUGCUCGCUCAGCUCCUUGCAAGGCUUCGUGAACCUGCGAAGUUACCUGCGCUUUUUAAAGCUGUGUCGUUCUUGAGGAAGAUGUGUGUGUUGGAAGAGAAGGAGUUGGCGCUUGUGUUUUUGACGAGUCGGUUGGUUAAUUUGAAUGCGAUGGUUGAAGGGAUUGAGAAGGAAAGGACGGACCAUGCGAGGUAUGUUAGGAAGUAUGUCGACGUUUGGAGGGAGGGUGUGUCGGAUGUCAUUACGCAGUACACUACCAUCUUCCUCGAGCGUGCACCGACAUCUUCGGACUCGAACGCAGCAGAACGAACACACGAACUUCGAUACCUCCUCUCCGCACUCACACAUCACCAAGUCAGCUCACUCCUCACAAUCCUCCGUACCCACCUCUCCCACAUAACCGACGCAACAUCCCUCUCAGCACUCCUCACCCAACUCACACACUGCGGAGCCGCACUCGCCCGCUCAGGUCUCGAUUUCCGCUCACUCUUACCCCCUUUAUUCGAACAUGCUGUCCAAGUGCGGUUCUCUACCUCUCUUGAAGCGGCUACGGAUGCGUUUAUUAUGACGUUGUCAGAUGCGAAGAAGUAUCGGAGGCAGCCUUCAAAUGUGUUGUGUACGCCUGCGGCUGCGUCUUCUCCGCCUGAAGAUGUGAUUGUUCCGGAACAACUACACGUCCCUCCACAUAUCCUCGCGUCUUACCCACCUCUCGCAAUAUACACCAACGCUAUCCUCACAGCUCUCAACAGUCUCCGACUCCUCGCUCCCUCUUCCCUCCUCACCACCCUUCUUUCCACCAUGGCUGACGCACUCACACGCGCUUCUUCAGAGUUCCUGCAGUAUUCGCAAAGUGCUGUGGAGACCGCAACAACUGAAAAAGCAAAAGCCAAGUCGAGGAUAGUAUUGAACGAAGAUGAGGAACCUCCCGAUCAGGAAAGGAUUGUAAGAGCUGCUGGGAAGGUGUUCGUCAGGUUAUUGGUUCCUUACGUGCGACGCGCACUCGUUCAGGGUGUGUAUGGAGUGGAGAGGAUUGAUGAGUUUGAUGCAGCAAUGGGGUUGAACGAUAGUCUCACUCAAUGGGACGCUUGGCUCGAUCCGCCUAAUACCAUACCAGAAACCAAUUAA